AUGAAACUUGGUAGAAUAUUAAUAAUUCUCCUCGUCAAUGCGAUAUUUUGGAGUUUAAUUAAUUCUGUUAAAAAUAAUAAAAAUCAAAAUGAGUUAGCUAGAGUUGGAGAAACUUCAAAGGAUAAUGAUGGAGCGGAAUCAUCGGUUAAUCCUCAAAUUCGAAUGUUAAAACCAAAACCUAAAAUUACAAAGAAUGGCACAACAAAUGGUGAAAAAGACGAAAAAAGGUUGAAUAUAAAUAAAUAUAUGAGAAUUUAUUAUCAAAACAAUAAGGAAAAAAAACUAGAAUCUGUCCGAAAGUAUUACCAAAAGAAUAAGGAAAAGAAGAGAGAAUAUAAUCAAAAAUAUCGAGAAAAUAAUAGAGAAAUGAUGAGAGAAUCUGGUCGAAAAUAUCGAGAAAUUAAUAAGGAGAAAAAGCGAGAAAAGGAGCGAAAAUACAGAGAAAAUAAUAGGGAAAAAAUACGCGAAUUUGACCGAAAAUACCGAGAAAAUAAUAGGGAAAGGAGGCGAGAAGCUGUCCGAAAAUACCGAGAAAAAAGGAAAAAUAAAAAAGAAAACUUAAAAUAUCCACAAGUACUAGGAAAUGUUCAUUAUGAAAAUAAUGGUGAAGGAGGAACUUCCAAUCCGCAGAAUGAUGAUGUUAGAAAUAAAGGUAAAAUGCCAAUCGUUUAUGAAGAAAGGAUUCGGUCUGAAGAAAGAAGUAGUUCUAAUCAAGAGGAUGAGGAAACAGAAGCAUAUGUGAAUGAACAAAAUAAACAAGUGGUAGAAGAGCCAAAUAAAAUUCCAAAGAAUUGCAUGAAUCAGAUAAAUUUAAAUGAGUAUCCUUUUGAUUUAAACGAGAAACCUGAGGAUAACCAUGAAUAUGGGUGCUAG